AUGGCCAGGGUCAGAAGUGCACCGUCGCCCGUGAAUGCUUCCCCAUCGGACUCGGACCUUCACUCGAAAGCCACUCAUAGUCGAGUAAUAGGCCUCCAGAUGAGUUGGAAGCAAGCCAUCGAAGAGGGCAACGACCCUGCUCUUGUGGCCGUCAUCAACAGCUGCAACGACAUGAUCGCCCUCGUCGAAGAAGAGAGCGGAAUGACUCCUCUGCAUUACGCUGCUAAAUGUGGUCGACUAGAGGCCGUUCGUUUCUUGCUUGGGAAGCGUUUUCCCCUCAACGCAACCGACAAGUUCGGCAGGACGCCGCUUUACAUGGCUGUUUUGCAUCAACAGCUAGAGACAGUAAAGAGUCUGCUCCAGAACGAUGCCGACCCCAACAUCCGUUGCCGGUGCAAGACCUCCACGGUAUCCAAGGCUGCAGAGUAUGGAAACAGGGCAAUGCUCAGGCUGCUCCGAGAAGCCGGGGCGGCCUGGAACACGGCGAAUGUGGACGGAGAGUCCCCGAAAGAGCUGGCAGCUCGCAAUGGUCACGUCAUUCCCUGGGCGAGAUACGAAGCCGAUCAGCAUGACAGGCUGCUCAAUGCGGCCCAAGAAGGACAUGUCGAAAGUGUGCGACGGCUAGUUCGACUCGGCGUCGAUCCAGCAGAACGACCUCCCAAUUCAAUGUCUGCUCUCGAAACGGCAUGUGAAGGGGGGAAAAUCGAGGUGGUCAGAUUUUUGCUUUGUGAUGCCUCUGUCGGCACAGCCCCGGCUUUCGAGAGAAUCAAGUCUAUGGGCGAGACGGCCAUCCACAAAGCUACGAUGAAUGGCCACGGCACGGUUGUACGUCUUCUGCUUCAGAACGGGCUCUCACCAGAUACCCGUGAUUUUGACAACAUGACGCCGCUGCAUCGGGCAGCUGCCCGAGGACAUGAAAAGGUGGCCACAGUCUUAUUGGAGUACAAGGCCAACAUCAAUGCUAAAGGACUCCAUGGGGCCACUCCUUUACAUCAAGCGGAGAAGCAAAAAAGAACUGGGAUGAUUCGGUUCUUGCUUGAUAGAGGAGCUAAUUGA